AUGACAAGUGAAGUUGCUGAAGAUAAUAGUAAACCUGCUUCUAACGCUAGUGCUACCGCCAACACUACCUCUUCCUCACGUAAAAGAAAGACAAACACUGAGGAACAAUCUACUAUCUUAAAUUGUGGUGAAUCUUCUUCAUCUUCAAAUGAUGAAAUCUUGUACACUAUGGAUGCAAAACCUCAUAAAUAUUCUACUGGUUAUGGAUGGACAACAACUAAUACAAAAGGUAAAAUCAAGGUUGAAAUCGAAGGCAAGGAAGUUGAAUUACCUGUAACCAUUAGUUUCAAUGUCACCGUUCAUGGUUCAAAGAAAUAA